CUUUGUCCUAUAGGGGUAUCUGUGGAUUGCAAUCGGGUUUUCUGUUUCCUUUUCCAUGUUGAUAUUCAUCAUUUAAGACCUUGAUUGUUCACCUUUUUUCAAGUGACUAGUGCAGCUACUUUCCAUCUUGUUCAUAUGGCGGCAUAGUCUUUUACUCAAGUUCUCAGUUAUUACAAGAUUUUGUCUCUUUAUCAUAUAUGCUUUCCUACGCAUAUGUGAAUGGUAAAGGACUCUUUGAGGUGCAAUCUGAGCCAAGACAUGGAGGGGAUGAAAUUGAGAGACCUAGGUAGGGGAGUGGCUACUUUUAGGGAAGGUCAGAGAUGGAGGAGAUGGGAUGGUACGUAUUGGGGGCAGUUGGCCUGGUAAACCAUAAACACGUGGCAGAUUUGGGGGGAAGAAGAGGGUCACAAAAGGACCCCUGCCUCCCAGCUGAGGUUCCCACGGAAGCCCAGAUUUGGAUUGCUUUGGGGAGUCGAAUGUAAAACAAUGGUUAGGAAUUUAAGUCAUCCUGAAGAUGGGGAAAUAGGGGUCUCCCAUUCCUUUGAAGCAAACAUUUCCCCCUGGGCUGGGGAGUGGUAACCUCAAGCAAGGAGCUGGGUGGCUUUUGCCUUCUUGAGGGAAAGGAUUGGAUGUUUGGAUGUCAUCCUAGACCAAGCUUCCAAUCCGAGGGAGUAGCUCGAGUCCUGCCCCCUUACCGCUUCUUUUAAGGCAGGAGAGAGCAAGGGGGCUUUAACAAGGUGGAGAGAAGCAGGGUAGGUAGAAUUUGAGUUGCAGAGAAGCCAGGAGUCCCAGGGAGUUGAAGUGCAUCCAGUGUGACCUGAAAGCUUAAACUGCGAUCCCCACCACCCUGACCAUGGAGCUUUUCUCUUGGUUUCCAGGAGUCUUGCUGCUGCUUGUUCUGCACCAGGAACAUGGGGCAAGGAGCCUUGAUACCGUCACUCCUAGCAAGGUGACCUACACCACAUGUCACACAUGUCCUGGCAACCUCACGACCCAGAUCAGGAACAAACUGAAACAGCUCAACGGUAGUGCUGACGGCCUCCUAACUCUCUAUUGCAUCGCCCAAGGGGAGCCGUUCCCCAGUGAAGUGGACAAGAUGUGUGGCAGUGGCUUGACAGACUUCCCACCCUUCAAUGCUCAUGGCAGGAAGGAGGCCAUGAUGAAAGAGCUGUACUGCAUCGUCACGUACCUAACUACCUCCCUGGGCAACAUCACACGGGACCAGAAGUCCCUCAACCCGCAAGACCGGAACCUCCAUGGACAGCUAGACUUCGUGGCAACCAUUAUGCAGCAGCUCCAGAGCAACGUGCUCUGCCUCCUGUACAAGGACAAAGUGGACCACGUGGGGGAAUGCUACGGGCCCAACACCUUGGGCAAAACCUUCUUCCAGAAGAAGCGGCUGGGCUGUCAGGUCCUGUUUAAGUACAAGCAGGUCAUCACUGAGCUGUAUCAGGCCUUCUAGGAGCAGGAUCUUGAAGUGUGCUGUGUGGAUUAAGGGAUCUUGGGAGUGGGAUCUAGAGGUGGUGAGCACUCACAGUGUUGCAGAAGGUCAUUAAAUCCAAGUAGGAUUGCUAGCACAUUCUGCAGGCCUCCACUCCAGGGAGGUCUGGAAGGUAGCUUUACAAGGUCAAAACUUCCACAGGCAGGGCUUUGAUGCCCCACCAAGUAGAAGGUGGCACUCUUUCCUCUGGAAGAUGGCAGCCAGGCACCCAGGUGUCUGAUUGGCAAGAGGAGAGUGAAGUGGGGGUAGAAGUCAGCUCAACAUACGGGCAGUAAGAAAACAAGUUGUCUCUGGGGGCACUGAACAUGGGACAAGAGAGCAGGAGUCAGGCCAAUUGCCCAGCACCCAGCAGAUUGACCUUCUCUAAGCUGAGCUACAAGAAAGACAAACUUGUCUGAAAGCCAGAAUUGGUGAUUCCAGAGCCUGGUGCCAGUUGGUUCUCUCAUCAUCUCAUCACCUUGUGGAAACUCCUGUGCUGGGCACACCUGGGUGGCCUUCCUUUUCGACACAUCCCUGAUUCCCCAACUCUCCCACCAUCCUUCCACACCAGCCCCGAUUUUGCCCCUCUGUACCAAUUUAAGGUUCACUUUCUAGAAUCAGUCACCCCCUAUGCACAAUAAAUUCCUGAAUUAUUGAGUCUUCGUAUGAAAAAGUGUUGUGUUUGUGUUUGUGGGGGGAUGGGUGUAAGGCUGUUCUUUUUCUGAUUUUCUUCUGCUUUCGUUGACCCACUCCUGGCAUCUGGGUCAUGUGCCUGGGCAAGAGGCGAUUUUAAGGAGAAGCAGGGGGCCCACAGCACAGCAUUUGAUGUCUAUCAAGAGAGGAGUACUGGAGACCUUAUAUGUUACCAAAAAUAAAAAUGUAAACAAAAUAGCACUGCCGUGCCCACAAUAAGACUAGGAUAUAGAGACUCAUGGGUCAGCUCUGAGCUCCUGAACCACACUCGCCUUUGUCAUAGUUUGCUUUUCUCUCUUCCUCCUCCUCUCCUGCCUCCUUCCCCUCGACUCCUU